AUGGCUAAUGAAUCGAGGCCUUGCCCAUGUGGUAUUGGAGACAGGUUUGACUAUGAGGGUUGUGGGCAGGAAGUACAAGUUGAGCACAUCAAGGCGUAUGUUUGCAAAGCACCUGCCAGCGCAGACAAAGCUGUGGUUGUGAUUCACGAUAUAUUUGGAUGGCAACUCCCAAACACCAGAUACAUGGCUGAUAUGCUUGCGGCUAAUGGAUACAUAGCCAUCUGCCCAGACUUUUUUGCAGGAGGAGAAGCUUGGAAGCCUUCUGAUGACUGGUCCAAGUUUGAUGAUUGGCUGAAAACUCGAGAUGCCAGGAAAAUAAACAAAGAAGCUGAUGCUGUCCUGAAAUAUCUGAAGGAACAGUGUGGUGCAAAGAAGUUAGGGGUUGUUGGUUUUUGCUGGGGUGGUAUUGCUGUACAUCACCUGAUGAUGACAUACCCAGAAUUGAAGGCUGGUGUGUCUCUCUAUGGACUAAUCAAGGAUUCUGAUGAUAUAUCUAAUCUCCUGAACCCUACAUUUUUCAUUUUUGCUGAAAAAGAUGACUUCAUUCCUCUUCAUCAAAUCACCCUGCUGGAGCAGAAGCUAAAGAAAAAUUGUAAAGUCGAUUUUGAAGUUAAAAUUUAUCCUGGACAAACUCAUGGUUUUGUACAUCGCAGAGGAGAAGAUAUCAGUCCUCAAGAUAAGCCUUAUAUUGAGGAAGGAAGAAAGGAUAUGAUCAACUGGCUGAAUAAAUACAUUUAAUAGAAGAGCAAGCAACUUAAUUUGUGACACAAUUAUGUAAUACACUGCAGAUUUUUGAUAACACAUUUUAGAAAAUUGGAGGGGAGAGUUUG